GAAUAAAUUGUCUUAAAUGGUUUGAAUAUGGCACGAACAAAUUCGACCAAAAAAUAAAAUGGCCGGUUUGGAAAUUAUUUGCUCGGUUGGUCUCAAGAAAAAAGUCGGAAGUAUGAAAAAAGUAAAAACACUGUACGACUACUACUACUACUACUACUACUAUAGUUUCUAAUACUACUGUUCCUCCUGGUACAUCACCACAAUGACUCUCGCUCGGGUUCCAACCAACGGCCGAGUGGCUGUAGUGGGUGCGGGCAUCUCCGGCCUCACCUUCACAUACUUCCUCUCGAAAUUGAGACCGGAUCUUCGUUUCGAUAUCUACGAACAGUCCGACUCAAUCGGAGGAUGCAUCCGAUCACAAUACUUAACCACUCCUACCGAGUCUAUCAUAUUAGAGAAAGGGCCUAGAACAUUACGAGGAGUCAGUGAGGGAUCAUUAUUGAUAGUGGAUAUGUUACGUCAGCUCGGUCGAGCCAGUUCAGUACGAGUGCUCCCCCGCAAUUCUAUCGCUAAUAAAAAGUAUAUCACUAAUACAGAUCGUCGUAUAGUACAAGUACCGGAUACCAUAUUAACAGGCUGGAAAUUCAUUAGAGACACUGCCAUUGUGCGGCCGACACUUCUCUGGGGCCUUUUGAAGGAACCGUUUGUGAAGAAACCUCACGAGAAUGACAGUACGGACGAGUCGAUCGAACUGUUCUUUACUAGACGGUUAGGAACUUCCGUACUUACGGACUCAGUCCUCAGUGCUAUUAUUCAUGGUAUAUAUGCGGGAGAUGUGGCCCGCUUGAGUGUUAAGUCAAUCUUACCGUCAGUCCGCAAGCUAGAGAUUGACCAUGGCUCUCUUGGAAGAGCUCUAGUUGCUAAGAAGUCGAAGUCUGAGCCUAAAACAUCGGGCUUGUCGCCGGCUUUAACUCAGUACCAACACCAACUAUCUCCGGAUGCCAACCUAGAGGAACUCUCUCUUUCGCUAAAGAAGUUCCCUAUGCUUGCCUUAGCAGGUGGUUUACAGACGUUACCGAACUCAUUGUAUGAAUAUCUCUCUUCCCAAUCCAAUGUCCAAUUCCACUUCCAUAGUGAUAUCUCCCAGAUCGAUCCUGUCAAGGGGACAGUUACAGUUAACAGUAAUCAGAGUUCAGUGGUACAGUAUGAUCAUAUCCGAUCUACCAUCUCUACUAAGGCCUUAGCCAAAGUACUACAAGUGGCUCCAGCCAUUACAGAACAAUUACGCUCUCUUGAAUAUGUAUCCGUCUUCUUGGUCAAUAUCUAUACUCGGACACCCACUUUAAUCCCUAAAAAUGGUCACGGGUUUGGAUUUUUAGUGCCCAAGCUAAAUGGUAACAACCACAAUUUACUUGGAGUCAUAUAUGAUUCCGAUGUCGAACAGAAUAUCAUCCCAUUAGAUGGUGAGCGUGAUGCUGGCGCCACCAAGCUGAGCCUGUAUAACAAAAUCACUUUAAUGAUGGGAGGUCAUUACUACAACAAUAAAACCAUCCCAUCAUCGGGUGUUAACAUCCGCAUAGUUAAGGACAUCCUCACAGACUUCUUGAACAUCGAUUUAAGUCACAAGAACCUCAUUAUACGUGACGAAGCCGCCAUUGAAUCUAAACAAGUUGGUGAGUUAGAGGAGAACGAUAUCCUCAUUUCAUACAAUCUCCAUCAGGACUGUAUUCCUCAGUAUAAUGUAGGCUACGAACAGCUUAAACAAACAAUGUUAGAUGAGUUCGCCAACACUAAACUCUCGUUUGGAGGUAUGGCUUUCGGUACAGGAGUAGGAGUACCUGAUUGUGUGGUUGACAGUUUACAGGCAUCACUACAGUUAAGUAAAUAGUAAGCAAGUAUUAAAAAU